UCAUUUAUCUUUUUUCCAACAAAAAAACGAAAAAAAGAAAAGACACAAAAUUAAAACCAUAAAAAUACAAAUUUUCUCUCCUAUUAAAUUCAACAAAUGCAUUGGCAUUUUGUUUAUUAAACAAUACAAUAAUAUUUACUUUAUUAAAUUGAUUAAAUUUUGAAAGAUAUCCAAUGAAAUUCUAAAAAUCCAGACACAAUAAAAAAUAUACCCGGCCUAUAAAACAGAUACGACACGACUUUGACGACGACGACAUCACAGGAAGAAUACAAAAAAAAAAAAAUGGGCAUCAACGUAAGUCGGCACGAAGAUCUAAGCGAAAAUGAAUUUCUCAAGAAAUUCGUCAGUCGCCAACAUAUUCCAACAGAUGAUUUAACUUUUUGGAAUGGAAUUCUAAACUAUAAUAUUAUUACUCCGACGACUAGUCAAGAUCAAUUGAGUCUAGAUUCACGCAUAGAAUCACUAUGUCAAGCUUUUCUAGCCAACAAUUUGAAGACGGGAAAUUUUGGUUCAUUGAUUUUGGUAUUUCUUGACAAAGUUACCGAAUUGUUAUCACUCUCAGAUCAAGAGAGUACAAUGCACAUUUGGCAAACUUUUAAUGCAUUGUUUAUUAUUCGAUCGUUGGUUAAGUAUAUCAACGAAACUGGAUCUGAGUUUCAGUUGCUACAGCAUUUCGAAGCUGUUCCAACUCAAGAAACACUUAGUGGCGAGGGUAAUGUUGAAGAUGCUUCUGCUACUGAAAGUACAGCAAUUGCAAUUGAAGCUAAAGACGAUUCACAUGGACAACAACAGAAAACGAAUGCUAUGAUUGCCAUUGAUGGUUCUAAAUUUGAGACAUUCUUUGAUGCCAUUGUUAAUAUUAUUGUGGUAAUUCCAGUCAAGGAAUUUACCUACCAUUUGCAUUUGGAAGCAGUUAAUGUGAUUAUUACACUUCUGUCGGUGCAUCUAUUUUCGACACAACCAGUCGAGAAGUCUGUUGUUUUCAGAACAAUUUUCAAAUGUCAACAUUCGAAUGUGUUGAUGAGUGCUCUCCUUCAUUUCGUGUCACGCAUGGUCGAAGUGCCUAGCACAAUGUUUGGUGCCGGUCAUUCUGGAUCAUUUGUCUAUGGCAUUGCUGAAUCAUUGAUGUCGAUAUUUACUUUCCGUAAACCCCAAGAUGCUUUAGCACCAAACUUGGCUGGCGCUGAAUUAUCACAACAAUUCCGAGAACACUACCCUUUGGCGAAUCAAAGUCUUCUACUAAUACUUAUUCUAACCAAUCAUUGUACCACAAAAGACAAUCCAUUCCGAACUAGUUUAUUUGGCUGUUCCGAUUCGAAGGACUCACCCAAAGAUGGAGCGACAUUUAAAAUUGACUUUACCGCCGUCUACGAUACACUUUGUCGCAUUGUUACAAUUGAUCAAGCAACACUUUUGCUCUACUUGCUAUUGCAUAGAAAUGAGAGAUUCUUUAGAUUUGUGAUGGUACAAAAUGAUUUGGAACAUUUAGUGGUGCCCAUAUUACAGACGUUAUACAAUGCUCCCGAUAGUACGUCUCAUCAUAUUUACAUGUCGCUGAUUGUCCUUUUGAUUUUGAGUGAAGAUGAUGCUUUCAAUAAAAAUGUUCACACUAUUCUCCUUAAAAACAUUGGUUGGUAUACAGAGCGAACAAUUUCUGAAAUUUCUCUUGGUGGCCUUCUCAUAUUGGUGGUCAUACGAACGAUUCAAUAUAAUAUGCUUAAAAUGCGAGAUAAGUAUCUCCAUACAAAUUGUUUGGCAGCCUUGGCCAAUAUGUCUGGACAAUUCCGAUCAUUGCAUCCGUAUGUGGCUCAACGAUUAAUAAGUUUAUUUGAAACCCUUGCCCGCAAACAUGCUCGUGUUGAUGCUCAGCUCAAAGAACCCGUUAAUGGAUCUGUGACAGUAAAUGUUGCAACAACACCCGAAGACAUGCUUGCCGAUCUAACGGUCUUGGAAGAAGUUCUUCGAAUGGUUCUUGAGAUUUUGAAUUCCUGCCUGUCAAAUCAGUUGGUCUAUUGUCCGAAUUUGGUUUAUACGUUGCUCUAUAAACGGAGUGUCUUUGAAGCUUUUCGAAGUCAUCAUGCCUUCCAGGAUAUCAUACAGAAUAUUGAUAUGGUCGUUGGAUUCUUCUCAUCUCGCCUGCAAAGGGUUCAAGAUCAACGCGGGGAGCUUGGAGUGAGUGAAGUUUUCGAAGUUAUAUCGAAAGGUGCUAGUCAAUGGUCUAGCGAUCGUCUAAGGAAAUUCCCUGAUCUUAAAUUCAAAUAUGUCGAGGAAGAUGCACCAGAAGAAUUUUUCAUUCCUUACGUUUGGACGCUAGUAUGCAAAUAUGGAUGUGUACACUUUAGUUCGGAGAGUAUCAAAGGAGUGACGACCGAUAUAAUUUGCUAAUAUUAAUAAAUAGCAUAAAAAAGAAACAACUAAACGAUACAAAAUAAAAAUGAAAAAACAAAGAAAAAUCAAAAUAAUAAAAAUAAAAAAAAAAACAUUCUUAAAGAAAUGCAUGGAAUGAAUGAGUGAUAUUUGACUGAAGUUUUAUUACAUUCAAACACAAAACACACCCUGCAAACAUGCAACAACACACACAUUACAUACAUAAUAUACAUAAAUAUAUAUGUUUUAAUUUAAGUCCUUAGCUAACGAUUUAUUAAUUUUUGUGUUUUUUUAAAUUUAUUUGCCCUUUCAAAUUGGUGUAAUAAUUUUAUCUAUUUGUUAAAAUAUAUAUUUCCGGUGAUCAUCCUUUUUUGUUCCUCGGUAUAAAUGGUAAAAAAGAUUUUCUAAAAUUAAUACCCUGCUAACGAAUUAAAGACAAAAAUAAUACAAAAAAAAAAAACAAUAAAAUUAAAAAUAAGAAGACAAAAGAAAAUAUUUUGCUACGAUGAAAAAGAAAGAAAUGGUACAUACAAAGAGAUAUGUACGAGAAUAUUAUUUAAUCCCCCUCUAAUGUCCAGAAAAUAUAAUAAAAAAACUAAUUAUUUCAAAACCAAAACACAUUAUUAUUAUUGAUUAUUAUUAUAUUCAAAAAUAUUGGCAAUACAGAUUUAAAUGUUAUUUAAAAUAA